CCAUGCAACCCUUGGGAGGGAUGAGGGACCCCUUUUUAGAUGGCCUUAUCGUGUUUCCGAAAGAUCAUUUCCAGUCUGACCCGAAAGUGGUUAGUGGUAAAAAUGGGAGUUUCAGUGGAGAAGGGGGCUCCAUCAUCUUUUCUGGAGACUCCACCUGGAGCAUCAACAGUGAUGUCUGCAUUUUUCCCGUCUUUGGAGAAGAGGCGAACGGACUGUGUCUCAUCCCCACGGUAGAUUCCUCCCUCAAACUCACCGGUUCUAAAACCAUCAAACCGGGAUGUGACGGAGCAAAGGCGAGAAUUUUUAACGGGCAAAACUGCUAUGGUAUUGGGAUUCACAGCAUUCAUGUUCAGUCAGACUUUAGUGCCAAAACUAUGUCUGAUGUGUGCGGAUCUGGAGGAGGCGACGACAUGAAAGGGAAGUUUGGUCAACUCAUGGAAAUUUGGAAGGGCCGUGUUACUAAAGGAAUUGAGGAAGACGAAGUUUUAAAGUAUCCGUAUGAGGGCAAGAAUAUGGUUCAACUUUUGUACAAGAUUGUCGGAGUAUUUCAUGAAAUUUGUCCGGCCGUCAAUUAUCAAUACCUUGCCCUUCUCAAGAAUAUUUUCAUUCUGCACAUGAAAGUUGUGUGGGCAAAGGGUCCUGUGGAGGCGAUACCUUCGGAUGACUAUUGGAGGCAUGCGACAUUAUUUAUUGACUCUUGUUUUGGUCAUUUCGGGCAUGGAAUGAACCCUCUGAUGGAUGGUUCAUCUUGUGCACCAUUCGUUGCAAGGCCGGAUGACUCUGACCCAGAAAGUGAAGUUAUGUGGGACAUGGUGUUGGAUCAUAAUUAUGACACAGUCAUUGAACAAGUGUGGUACAUGUUUAAUGCAAUCACUCCUUCGUGCAAUUUACUUAACGAAUAUAAGACAAAUGACUGGAUUUUGAUGGACAGCCUAUUAAAGGAGUCGUUUUUUGACGCCGUUUCCGUCCAAUGGGAAAAACCUGGACACUGGCAAAGAUUGUAUGAAAUCAUGUUCCACGGGUUCGACAUUCCCAAAGAACGAAUGAAGAUUCUUGCAUGUGUUCAACACGCUAUUGCAUCAACGCCGCACUUUGACCCGAUAGGAAGGACGGAAUACUUUAACCGGAGGGCAAAGGAGGAAACGGUGAAGUUUAUGAAAAAACAAAAUCAUACAAUUUCUGGAGGAGGUUCUCCGAGUGAGCCAGUUUCGUCAGAUGAUGGUGGUGAAAGUAAGAACAAUAAAAUGGAGGAUGAGGAGAAGCAGGCGGAGGAGAAACCAGAGGAGCCUGUGGACGAGGAAAAGCCGUCCCCCGCGGGAGGAGGAGAGGAUGAGGAGCCACCCCCACCACCCGAGGAAGAAGAAGACACUGGCGACAAGACGAGGAAGAAGCGCAAUGGCAGAGCAGGGAAGUCGUCGAAAACUCGUCGACGGUGAGCACGGAACAUAUGAGCUAUACAUUUUCUAACUUUGGUUACAAAUUCUCCAAAAUAUUUCACAUCAUGCAUUUGAGAGGUA